UGCGCAUGCUCAGUCUCGAUAGUCGGUGGUUUCCUUUCCGUUCAGUGUUGAUGCGGAUCGUCGGCGGGGAGCCGGGGGAAGAUUGACUGUCUGCGGGGGAAGCUCCCAUCGGGCAUCACCAGCAGAUGGAGCUGUCCUGCACCGCGACCAAAGUGUAAACAAGACGACGACAAUCAACAAUCAUCAGUCAGAAUCAGAAUGGCUACAGGUGGGAAACUAAAUCGGGUACAGAAAAUUCUCAAGAGAUUGUUACCAGUCAACUCAUCAAGGGAAGAUAAUCUGGACACGGGAAGCAAGGUACCAAAGCAGGGUCAGAUUGAGAGCAAUGUCCCAAUGGAAUGCGGUCCGGCCGCAGCGGAUAUGGAGCAAGUUCAGCCCAGAGACAGUGACGUCAGAGACACUGAUCAGGACCCUGGAACCGGUACAAGUGAGGCGACUGUCUGUCAGCCCAGAGACAGUGACGUCAGAGACACUGAGCAGGACCCUGGAACCGGUACAAGUGAGGCGACUGUCUGUCAGCCCAGAGACAGUGACGUCAGAGACACUGAGCAGGACCCUGGAACCGGCACAAAUGAGGCGACUGUCUGUCAGCCCAGAGACAGUGACGUCAGAGACACUGAUCAGGACCCUGGAACCGGUACAAGUGAGGCGACUGUCUGUCAGCCCAGAGACAGUGACGUCAGAGACACUGAUCAGGACCCUGGAACAAGCACAAGUGAGGCGACUGUCUGUCAGCCCAGAGACAGUGACGUCAGAGACACUGAUCAGGACCCUGGAACCGGUACAAGUGAGGCGACUGUCUGUCAGCUCGGAAGCUCAUUAAACACGGAAUUGUCAAGUGUCCAACAAGGAGCAGAGCCAGAGUUUACAAUCUCCGACCUCCUGGCAGAGGGGGGUGAAUAUCGACUGUACCAGUUGACAAAGUUCUACAGGGACAGACUCAAACAAGCGAUUGAAGAAAAGGUUGAAAGACUCGGUUGGAUGUUGACGAAGGAGGGACAUUUCAGUAGAGAAGAAAAUGAGAAAGUCACUGAACUGACAGAGAAGGGAAACCGGACAGAGAGUUCCAGACUCUUCCUCAGUUUGGUGAUGGGCAAAGGCUCCCGGGCCCGGAGGGCGAUGUGGGAAUCCUUUGUGACAUGGAGGACUGAGUUACCGAAGUUGGACAGAAUACUGAGGGAGAUACAGGAACUCGGUCCUGAUCCACAGGAAUACAUGAACAUCGCCCAAGGGUUAUCUGAAUUACCCACUGAACUGAUAGAUGUUCAACAGAAACACAAGGAGACUCUACGGGUACAAACUGAAACGCUGAGAGUGAACACGAUCCUGAUGAGGGAGAGGGUGAAGGUUUUCCAGCUGGUUGAUCGAUACGCUGAGCUCACGGUCAUUUCUACUGUUCGAGAUCGGAGACUGGUGGAACAUGAGCUGCUGGCAAGAGGCAGAGACCACGAGGAGUGGAGAGAGGAACAACUCCGUGGAGAGCUGGAAAAAAUCCGGACGGAUCAGUUGUUCCAGAGCAGCUUUUCCCGGAGUAAAUCCAAAUCUGGGAGUUCAGCAGCAGUGGCCGGAGUCCCAGGGAUCGGGAAAACCACAAUGGUACAAAAGAUUGUUUAUGACUGGGCCACGGGGAAAAUAUACCAACAAUUCCAGUUUGUCUUCAGUUUCAAAUUCCGGGACUUAAACUCCAUUAACUGCAGAAUAAACCUGAGGGAACUGAUUCUGGAUCAGUAUCCUUAUUUUGGGAAUUCCCUGAGAGAGGUCUGGAAGAACCCAGAGGGAUUACUGUUUAUAUUCGAUGGUUUGGAUGAAUUCAAACACAACAUCGAUUUUGCUGACAGUCGGAGAGAUACAGAACCCAAGCACCAGUGCCCAGAUCCCGAGUGGUGGUGUGAAGUGUCUGACAUUGUGUACAGUUUAAUCCAGGGCAAGCUGCUCCCAGGGUGUUCAGUGCUGGUGACCACCCGUCCCACUGUGUUACAUUUAUUGGAAAAGGCAGAGAUUGGUAUCUGGGCUGAAAUCCUGGGAUUUGUUGGUGAGGAACGGAAGGAAUAUUUCAUCAGACAUUUUGAAGAUCAGACGGUUGCAGCAGCUGUUUUCAAACACGUGGAGGAGAACGAGAUCCUGUACACCAUGAGCUACAACCCCUCCUACUGCUGGAUCCUCGCUCUGGCACUGGGACCCUUCUUCACACAAAGAGUCAGGGACCCGCAGCGAGUUCCCAAGACCAUCACCCAACUGUACUCCUACUAUAUUUACAACAUCCUGAAAAACCACGGCCGUGAGAUUGAGAACCCCCGUGAUGUGUUACUCAAGGUUGGUCAGAUGGCCUUCAGAGGAGUGGCUGAGAAGAAGAUUGUGUUUACAGAUGGAGAUUUGAUCAACUACAAACUGCAGCCUUCCCAGUUCCUGUCCGGGUUCCUGGUGGAGCUUUUGGAGAGCGAAGAUUCAGCCUGGUGUGUGGUGUACACAUUCCCACACCUCACCAUCCAAGAGUUUGUAGCUGCACUCGUGCAAUUCCUGGCUCUACAUCCCAGGAAAAUCCUGAAAUCCCUCACUGAAGCCCACAGCACAACAGAUGGGCGAUUUGAGGUAUUUCUCCGUUUUGUUGCUGGUCUCUCCUCCCCAAUGACAACUCGGGGCCUGGAGGAGUUUCUGGGUCCAUUUCCUCAUGAAACAACCUGCCGGGUGAUUGACUGGGUGAAGGAGGAGUUUAAACGUCAGAGUGGAAACACGAGGAGUGAAGCUGGUAAAAGGAGCCUCCUGAACACAUUGCACUACCUGUUUGAGUCUCAGAAUGGUGGACUGGCUCAGGCCGCACUGGGAUCUGUGGAAACACUUUCAUUCAGUGGAAUGACACUGACCCCGGUUGACUGUGCUGUCCUGUCUCAUAUCAUCGGACUCUGUGAUACCAUAAAACACCUCAGCCUGCAGGACUGCAACAUUCGGUGUGAAGGAAUCCAGCGGCUGGGACCCGGGCUGUACAAGUGCCAGGAGUUGAGACUUGGGGUGAAUAAACUGGGAGAUUCAGGAUUGAAACUGGUGUCUGAGGCUCUGAGGAACCCAGAGUGUAAAAUACAGAAACUGGGGCUGAACGAUGUCGGUCUCACAGAUUCUGCUGUCAAGGAGCUCGUCUCCGCUCUCAGUACAAACUCAUCACUGACGGAGCUGGACCUGGGUAGUAAUAAACUGGGAGAUUCAGGAGUGAAACUGGUGUCUGCGACUCUGAGGAACCCGGAGUGUAAAAUACUGAAACUGCGGCUGCACAGUGUCGGUCUCACAGAUCCUGGUGCCGAGGAUCUUGUCUCCGCUCUCAGAAUAAAUCGAUCACUGACGGAGCUGAACCUGAGUUACAACUCGCUCACAAACCGAUCUGUCCCCGCGCUCCGCCGCCUCAUACUGACCCGCCCGAGUCUGGAACGGAUUCAGCUUUACGGGAAUCGGUUCAGUUGGACCGGGGAGAAGGAACUGAGAUCUCUGCAGGAACCCAGACCCGGAUUGACAGUGGAGCUGUGAAGAUCUGAAUGUGUGAACAUUCCCGCCUGCGGGAUGCCGACAUUAUGCCCAAUUCCCCGCCCUCCCCUUUAACUCCCGCACUUACCUUUAAUGUCCGCGCGCCAGGUUUAAUUCCCAAUGGUUCUAACGGAACUUGCUUCAGUAUCGCGCUCUCUGACAUCGGAAGCGUUCCUGCAGUGACGUAUUUCCGUCUGAUGUCCGGCAGCGCUGCUUCCACCGGAUGUGCGGGUUCGAGACUCCCGCACGUGUGACCCCGGGGAAUUACACAGACAGAAAGAGCCCGGGGGCCGGGGCUCAGUCUGGGACACCGGUGUUCCGGGGUGGGAUUAUCCCGGGAGAGAAUCCUUUUUCUCCCUUUGCUGAGGACGGUGCAUUCGGCAGUCUGGCCGAUAUAAUCAUGUUAAAUUAACAAAUACCUCGGCAGUGACCCUGGAUCUGCAGCGAUCUCGGACGCGGCCCUGAAGUGUGAUUUUAUAAUCAUCUGUUCCCCGAUGCAGAGUGACAGUGAGAAACGGGACUGAUUAUUCAACCGGUCACACGUUGUCGCCGGUCAGUUAAUUGUGUGUGACUGUGAGUGAGUCGGAAGCAGCUUAUUUAUUCCAGCACGUCAGCAGCUCACACAUUGUUUAAUUUACAUGUGUCAUGUGAAAUCAUUAAACCUGUAAUU